CCUCUGGUAUAAAUGAGUUGUGUUACCUCAGCAUUGAAAACCAAGACAAUAAGAGUUCUCCAAAGUUAAUUGUCUUCACAGUGAUUAUUGCAGUCAUUGUUAUCCAAAACAACACCACAGUGAUGGCAGGUAAUAGGCAAAAGAAGUCUUCUUCCACUUUCUUCUCUAUUUUCAACGUCUUCUCAUCUAGGAAGUCCAGAGGAGGCUACUGUGAUACUCCUGAUUCCAGCCGCAGGGUGUGGCCUAGUGAUUAUGACAAAGGUAACUGGGGUGUUGCUGAGCCAAAUAUUGACAUGAAAGCCGAAGCUUUCAUUGCCAAGUACAAGAAACGUGUUUCAGAAUCUGCACUCUAUCAACUUGACCCUGCUGCUGAUAACGCAUAAUUUCAAACCAUAUGUAUAUUUCUUUGUUUCUCUUCGCUGUGAACCUGUGAUUUAUCCAUUAAUGUUGCUUCUACCUUCUACCUGGUAGAAAUUAUGUCAAUAAAUAAUGAAGAUAUAUAUGAAUAACUUAUUGUAUACAACAACUUGUCUAGUUGUUCAUAUAUGGAUCACCCAACUAUAUAGCCUGCUCUUCAGGUGAUUUGUAAUCUUCCUUCUUAUUGUAAUAUA